UAGACGGAAAAAUACAAAUAACUAAGGUGUUUGAGUGGCGGCAAUUUUAGUCUAAAUUAUCAGUCACACACAGAAGCAGGGGAAGAGGCAGAGGCAGAGGAGAUCAACAACAAUAACAACAACAACCAACAACAAACGGACAACAGAGAGAGAGAGUAGGAAUGAUGGCGUCGUCGCCGACACCAUCACUGGACUCCAUGCGUGGUGCCAACUCGAUUGAAUCUUACGAGCAUGCUGGCUAUCUAUCCGACUCGCCGCUGACGUUGAGCGGCUCGUCGCCGCCGACGAGUGAUUCGGCCAUAUGCAGUGAUGAGUAUAAUAUUGCUGGGAGUCAAGUGAGUGUUAAGGUGCGCCAGGAUGUGACUGUCAUCAAUGGGCAUCAUCCGAUCUCGGCAUCAGUGUCGUCCAGUUCAUCGGCCAGCUCAUCAUCCUGCUCCUCGUCAUCAUCAUCGUCGUCGUCAUCAUCGUCGUCGUCCAGCUCAUCGACCAGCGGCCUCAGCGGCUGCGGCAGCACCAGCAGCAGCGUCAUCAGCGGCUCCAAUAAUGUGGUGACCAGCAAUGGUCCCGGCGUCAUUGGCAGCAAUUUACCCAGCAACAACAGCAGCAACAAUAGCAUCAGCAGUCUCGUUGUUGGCGCUGGCAAAGGCAACAGCAACAACAGCAACAACAGCAGCAACAACAGCAGCAGCAACAACAACAGCAACAAUGGCAACAAUAACAACAGCAGUGGCACCAACAGUUUGUCUGCCGCACGUUGCACCGCAUGCAAAAGCAAAUGCAGCGAUGCGGUGGCCAAAUGCUUCGAUUGCCAGAGCUAUUUGUGCGCCAAUUGUGUGACGGCUCACGAGUUUAUGCACUGUUUCAACGGCCACAAUGUUUGCCUGAUUAAGGGCUUUGAGGCGACGAGCAGCGGCGGCAUCGGCAUCAGCAACACGACCAACAGCAGCAACAAUCCAGCAUCGAGCGAUUUUAAAUAUGCCAGUUCACUAACAAUGAUGCUGGCGCAACAGCAGCAGCAACAGCAGCAACAACAUCAACAGCAGCAGCAGCAAUCACAAUUGACAGAGACACAGCCGCAACAGCCAAUGUCGCAGCUGUCAAAGAUUGUGCUGGCAGCAGCAGCGGCAGCCAACAACUCACAGGAGCAGCAGCAACACGACACACUCUAUGCAACACACUUGCAACAGCAACAGCAGCAGCAGCAACAACAGCAGCAGCAGCAACAGCAACAGCGACAACUUUUCUGUGCACGCCACAAACAUGAGCUAUUAAAGUUUAGCUGCCGCACCUGCUGCACUCUGGUGUGCAAGGAGUGCAUUGUCCUCGAGCACUCGAGCGGACUGCACGAGCUGGAGAAUGUCCAAUCGCCAGCAGUAGCAGCAGUAGCAGCAACAGCAGCAGCAUCAGCCACAUCAGCUGGCAACGAGGCAGCAUUGCAAACGCUGCUCGCCGAUAUGCGUGGCAAGAUUGGUGAGAUUGUUGCCAUUGCCGGCAGUGCCGAGCAGAAUGUGUCCAAGGUCAAGCUGCAGUACUCGAAGGCCCACAACGAGCUGAACGAGACGCAUCAGUUCUUUGCCUCCAUGCUGGAUGAGCGCAAAACGGAGCUGCUCAAGGAACUGGAAUCUCUGUUCACGGCCAAGGUCAACAGCAAUGCCAUCUGGCUGCAACGGGCCAAGGAUAGCAUUGACAAGGGUCUCGCCGCCUGCGAGGCUCUCGAGCGUUCCCCCACCAACGGCGGUGGCAUCCAAUCGCCCCUGCUCGCCGAGGCGCUCCUUCUGCGCAAAACGCUCGAACAGCAGCUGCAGACCGGCGUCCAGGAUAUGCAAUUGCCCUUCGAGCUGGAGUUCAUGUCCAACUAUCAAUCGAUACAGGCUGGUGUUCGCAACACUUUUGGCUACAUACGCGCCAGUAAUGGUGCUGCUGCGGCUGCGGCUGCUGCAGCUGCCGGCUCCAACAGUGGCAACUGCUCGGAAUCGAGCCUGAGUUUGGGUCACAGCAGCGGUCACCAUCUCAACGGUCACAGUCACAACGGUCAUGUGCUUCACGGACAUGGUCAUGGACACAGCAAACAGCCGCCAAUUGCCCGGCCCACACAGAGUGCGAGCAACAGUAGCGCCAGCAGCGCAGGCAGCCAUCAUCAUCAUCAGCAGCAGCAGCAACAGCAGCAGCAGCAGCAACAACACUUGCAGUUGCAGCAGCAGCAACAGUUGCUGCCUGGCUUGGGCCUGAGCAGCCUUUUGGACAGCAGCAGCAAUGGCAGCAACAACUAUACAAAUGGCGGCAAUUGCCUGUUGCUGGGCGGUCGUGAACGUAAUCUCAACAAUGAUUUGCAACAGCAUUUUGGUGAACUGUUGCCGAAGCGUGCCACAAGCAUGUCCCACUAUAAUCCGUACGAGAAGUGGAGCAACGGUGGCAGCGAUAACUUGUUCAACACAUCGUCGGCGGCCACAAUUGGCAAUGUUGGGAAUAAUGGCAACAGCAGCAGCAGCUCGGCUGUUGUUGAUGCCUUUGCCAGUCUGUCGUCGGUCAAUUUGAAUGGGAGCAGCAACAAUAGCGCUGUCAGCAGUGAAUCUCUUUUGGACUUGACCAACAAACUGCUGUCGGCCUCCAUCUAUCCACCCAAGUCGCAGAUCAAGCGUCAGAAGAUGAUCUAUCACUGCAAAUUUGGUGAAUUUGGCGUCAUGGAGGGACAAUUUACGGAGCCGAGUGGCGUUGCUGUCAAUGCCCAGAACGAUAUCAUUGUGGCCGAUACGAAUAAUCAUCGCAUCCAGAUCUUUGACAAGGAGGGACGCUUCAAGUUCCAGUUUGGCGAGUGCGGCAAACGUGACUCGCAGCUCCUCUAUCCGAAUCGGGUGGCUGUUGUUCGCAAUUCGGGUGAUAUUAUUGUCACCGAACGUUCGCCGACGCAUCAGAUACAGAUCUACAAUCAAUAUGGACAAUUUGUGCGUAAAUUUGGUGCGACCAUCUUGCAACAUCCGCGUGGCGUGACCGUUGAUAAUAAGGGACGGAUCAUUGUCGUUGAGUGCAAGGUGAUGCGUGUGAUUAUCUUUGAUCAGAAUGGCAACGUGUUGCACAAGUUUGGCUGCUCGAAGCAUUUGGAGUUCCCCAACGGGGUGGUGGUCAACGAUAAGCAGGAGAUCUUCAUCAGUGACAAUCGGGCGCAUUGCGUCAAAGUCUUCAACUAUGAGGGGCAAUAUCUGCGACAGAUUGGUGGCGAGGGCAUUACCAAUUAUCCGAUUGGUGUUGGCAUCAAUGCCAAUGGCGAAAUACUAAUUGCGGACAAUCACAACAACUUCAAUUUGACCAUAUUCACGCAGGACGGUCAGCUGAUCUCGGCGCUGGAGUCAAAAGUGAAGCAUGCACAGUGCUUCGAUGUGGCGCUCAUGGAUGAUGGCAGUGUUGUGCUAGCCAGCAAGGACUAUCGCCUCUAUAUCUAUCGCUAUGUGCAACUGGCGCCUGUGGUGUCGCGUAAAAUGCACAACAGCUUCGCAGACCGAAUCCUCCAGCCAGAAUACACAAAUUGUAUUGAUUUACAAUUGAAUUGAGCGAAAUUAUACUAAAGAACAAACGAUUAUGAUAUAUUAUAAAAUCAAGUUUUAGGUUAUGUUUGAUGCAGUUAUGAAAUAUCUAUUUUAUUCAUUCCAUUAUUCAGCACUGCUUUUUUCGU